UACGAAUUCGAGAGGCAUUUGAGCUGUUGCCAAGUUGCCAGACUUGGGUCCAAAUCACCGACGGAGAUUUGGAUAUUUGCCAUUGCCUACUACGCAUGUAUGAAUCGAAAAGAAAUAUCGUGGUUUUUCCUUCCCGAGCUAUCGGGAUGUCUUGUGUUAGUCCAGACACAUUCCUUGUCUUCUUCUUACCUUGACAGCUUUCUCAUCAUUCUGCAAAACAUCGACAAAACCCAGCCGCCAAAAAAAUGGCAGACUCUAUAAAGGUUUGGGACCUAUCGAGUUUGGCCCCCAUUGCCUUUUAUGGCUUCGUUGGAUUAGUCGCGUUGGUUCUGAUCAAUGCCUGCCGUCAGACGCUUUUCCACGGCAAAAGCGAACCCCCAGCUGUUUUUCAUUGGAUCCCCUAUAUUGGCAAUGCUUUUUCCUAUGGCAUGGAUCCCGUAGCGUUCUUCGUCAAGUACCGUGCUAAGUACGGCGAUGUCUUUACUUUCACCCUUUUCGGCAGGAAAAUGACUUGCUAUCUGGGAAUCGAGGGCAACGACUUCAUUCUCAAUGGAAAGCUUCAGGACAUCAACGCCGAGGAGAUUUACGGACCGCUCACGAUUCCCGUGUUUGGAAAAGAUGUCAUUUACGACUGCCCGAAUUCCAAGCUCAUGGAACAGAAGAAGUUUGUCAAGUUUGGACUGACACAAAAGGCUCUGGAAUCUCACGUUCCUUUGAUUGAGAAGGAAGUGCUGGACUACAUCAAGAUGAGCCCUGCAUGGAAGGGGUUGUCGGGUGUUGUUGACAUCUCUGCUGCCAUGUCUGAGAUCACAUUAUUCACAGCAGCGCGCUCAUUACAAGGAGAAGAGGUCAGGCAAAAGCUGACGGCUGAGUUUGCGGGCUUGUACCAUGACCUUGACAUGGGCUUCACCCCAAUUAAUUUCCUCUUCCCUUGGUUACCUCUACCCCGAAACCGACGUCGCGAUGCUGCCCACAACAAGAUGCGAGACGUCUACGAGGAUAUCAUCAUCCAACGCCGUAAGAAUGGUCUCGAGUCCGACGACGAGUACGACAUGCUCUGGAACCUCAUGAAGUCGAACUAUAAGGAUGGAACACCGGUGCCCGAUAAAGAGGUUGCGUGCAUGAUGAUCACGCUCCUCAUGGGAGGUCAACACUCGUCGUCAUCAGCCAGUGCAUGGAUCAUGCAUCGUUUAGCCGCGCAUCCCGACAUUGCAGAAGAGCUUUAUCAAGAGCAGAUACUGAAUCUUGGUCAUGGAGACAAAAGUCGACUCUCGCCAAUGCAAUAUUCUGACCUAGACAAGCUGCCGCUCUUACACAAUGUCGUGAAGGAGACGCUUCGCCUACAUGGUUCCAUCCACUCCAUUCUCCGCAAGGUUAUGAACCCUCUGGCCAUUCCCGGAAGUCCUUACGUAGUCGGCACUGACAAAGUGCUGCUGGCCUCGCCAAUGGUGACUGCCAUAAGCGACGAACAUUUCCCGGACGCAAGGGCUUGGAAUCCUCAUCGAUGGGAUGAGCCACAGCCUAGCGAGGGCAUCGUUGAUGCCAAUGAUGUUGUAGACUACGGCUACGGCGCAGUUUCCAAAGGUACCAGAAGUCCUUACAUCCCGUUCGGGGCGGGGCGACACCGUUGCAUUGGCGAGAAAUUUGCAUACUUGAAUCUAGGUGUUAUUGUCGGCACUAUUGUGCGCAACUUCAAACUCGGCACCAUGGAUGGAAGAACAGGCAUCGUGCCGCCUACGGAUCACACAUCCAUGUUUGCGCGUCCGGUUCAGCCUGGGCUCAUCCGUUGGACCCGCCGGGAGUAGAAAUGAUUGGCGCCGAAUUGAUGCAAUUCUGGGACUCGAAUGUCAUGUUAUCCCUAUCUCCCUCUGUUUUUCCCUCUCUAUGGGGUGAAAUAAAAGUGAUGAUACGUACUUUCAAUCGGGAUUCUAAGCGCUACCUGGCUAUCUUAUGUCGAGUGUACUGGCUUAUUCGAGAUAUUACAUGCUUGUCUCCAGCUAGCAAGGUUGGGCUGGUCAAGAUCUAUGAUGUGCUAUAUGAAGUCAAUUGACAUAGCUGCAUGAUGCUUGUUCUAUA